AUGCUCCACAGGUACCGUGCACCAGCCGAGUACAAGGCCACCAACGUUGACAUCGAGAUCGAUCGUCGCGACACCCGUGACCACGUCGAAGUCGACUACGACCGCCGUCAGACCUACGACAAGACCUACGAGAGUCAACUAGACGUGACUGAGCGAGAGUAUCGUCGACGCGUCGAUCCCACCUACGACGUCGAGUACGAACGCCGUCGUCCCACAGGAGCCGCAGUCUCUGUUCAGCAGGAAGAAGUCAAGGUCGAUCAACCGAUCAGAAACGACAUGGGUUACUACGACGACGAAGGCCAAUACCACAGCUUCCGCCGUGGCGUGGAGCGUGCGGCCGACCGCCUCCUACACCCCUUCUCGCACCAUCACCACGAUGGCGGCCGCGAGGAGGUGGUCGUGACCGAGUCAAGAGAGUCCGCUGGCCCAACGCGUGUCCGUGAUGGCACGGUCGAGCAAGUCCGCUUCGUCGAGCCACGCUUCGGUGGCCGCGGGGUGCCCAUUCAGUGUCACUUUAUCCGCAUCGGCGACAUCCUCCUUCUCCAGGGUCGUCCGUCGCAGGUCAUCCGCAUCACCAUGUCGUCUCAAACCGGGCAAUACCGCUACCUCGGGGUGGACCUGUUCACGCGCCAGUUGCACGAGGAGACCUCCUUCAUCAGCAACCCUGCCCCGUCAGUCGUCGUUCAGACCAUGCUCGGCCCCGUCUUCAAGCAGUAUCGCGUCUUGGACAUCCGUGAGGAUGGCCAGAUUGUCUGCAUGACCGAGACUGGCGACGUCAAGCAGGGUCUGCCUGUCGUUGACCAGGGCGGCCUGUUCAAACGCAUUGAUCGCGCAUUCAGUGACGGCCGAGGCAGUGUCCGCGUCUUGGUCAUCAACGAUGGCGGUCGCGAGUUGAUUGUCGACAUGAAGAUCAUCCACGGCUCAAGAUUGUAG